CAGGCUGCAGCCAGUGUGCGUUCUGUGUCGGCGGCCGCCAGUGCAGAGGUGACAGACAGACAGGCAGCCCAGAAUGGAGACGAGGCUCCAGCAGCGGCGAGCCGAGAUCGCUGCGGCGAGAAAGGAGCACUCAUUCGACACUUGACUUCUGGAGCCGACGUGUUGAAAGGAAUUGAACAACAUUUCGGAGGCAAAGGAAAGGAAUGGCUGAUCCUCUGCGGAGGACUUUACUAGCGAAACUCCGUGGGAAAAAAAACAAGAAGGGAGAGACGCUCAGCGCUGGAUUGAGCUCCGCCAACGCGAAUGAGGGCCGAGAAGGUAAAGAAAAAGUUUUGCAAAUGCAGCGAGACCCGGUCGAGGCUCACCCGGUGGUAGUCACGCUAUCGGGCAUGGAUUACGCAGCCGCCGCCGCCGCAGCAGCAGCAGAGAGAAUAAGCACGUACGAGAAUUGUUUGGACGGCCCAGUGGCGCAAAGCACGGGGGUUGACUUGCUCCGGCUGAGUCCGUCAGCGGAGAUAGCCGGCUCACGUCCGCCGUUGCUCAGCAGCGGGGGCACGGCCAGGCAAAAUGGGCAGCUCCCGGGGGCAGGCUCACUUCACACAGCCGUUCCAGACGCUCAUGCGGCCCGCUGGGAGCACGCGUGCGAUGACACCAUCACCAUGUCCUUUGGAGAAACAACGCCUGCCCGGAGGAUGAUGAGGGGGAGGAGGAGGAGGAGGAGGAGGAAGAAAUACUUCAUCUCGGUCCCAUGGCAAUGCAGCGCGGGGGAUUCAAUUGGCUUCGGGGACAACUCUUAUCAUAUUUAUUCCUAUGCACCAAGUGUGCACUGCACUACUUCUCAUUGCCAACCUCUUGUCCAAAAGGAGUCGGCAAGUGUCCUCGCUGUCAAUACGGCACGUGAGGCCAACAGCCAAAGUUUGCUUGUGAACCCAGUAGUCCCUGCUCAAACAGAAGACACCCUCAUUGAAAUCCUCCAGCCUGCAUACUCGGGGGACUCCAGGGGCCGUCUGCAAAGCCCGGCCUUCUUCCCGACCGAGCUCCACUUGUGCGACAUUAGCGUGGCAUCCGUGGUCAAGCAUCCUUUAGACAGCGAAGACGACGAUUAUUACGAUAAUGAGAUCCUGCCUUUCUACGAAACCAGACGCAAAAGCGCAGGCGACGGAGGAGACGUUCCGACGCCGCCUCCGAUGGUUCAGGAUGAAGGACAGGCUGACGAGAGUCGUGGCGGCGCCCAGGAAACAGACAGGCUACGGAACCAGCUGAAAGAGGCUUAUUACCUCCUGAUCAACGCCAUGAAUGAUAUCCAUUUGGAGCAGCAGGCUUCAAGCCAGCGUCACAGCACCUCCUCCUGUAGUAGCCGCUCCAGGGACAGUUUGUGCUCGGGGGCCAGAAACGUGGACAGCGACUCCUGGUCCUCUGGGGGCGCCCAGCAGGUGUCUGACACGGAGUCCUUGCUACUGUGUCUCGCCGGAGGAAACAUCCGGUCAGGCCUCAACAGUAAGAGCCUGCUCAAUCUGAGCCCAACUCAGGUCAAAGCUACUUUAGUGCGCUCUGCUAGUGAGGGAGAUAUCAGGCGUCCACUUGAACCUUUGCAGCGCAUCCAUCCUCUCGGAAAGGGUCCGGACCUGAUUUCAGAGCUAAGAUCGGACGGGGACAGCGACCAUGCUGAAGUUAGAAGAGCCCGUGAGUUGUCGCCGCCGCCGGCGGUCUUCAAUGCUGGCGACCAUGAGCGUUUUCAAGCGGUCGCCGAUGUUGUGGAAAGCAGCGGUUCGCUCAACAGCCUUACGGGUUCUUCGGACGGCAACCCGGAGGGAUGGGCGCCUCCUGCUCACCAUAACAAGCUAGCGCAGGGGGGCAACUUAGUCAACAAGGGCUACGGCGUGACGGUCAACAAGAUGCAAGAGUGGAUGCACAAAGGUCGCCUGUUGUCGUCUGAAAUGAAGCAACGCAUAGAAGGUCCCUCUCAUCGGGCCAGCCCAACGGUAAAAUCUCUCACGUCCCCUGCCAGCAAGACAGCGCAGCUUUCAGCAGCUCUCACUGAGACUGUCCCAUGGCAAGAGGCUGCCAGGGCCAAUGAGCUUUCGGCGUGGCGACCGCACCUCCACACCAUCACAGUCGCCAAGAAGCGCAACUGGCUGCAGCAGAGCACCCUCGGAAAGAACCAUUGCACUAAGGAUGAGCUGCAAGCUGGCAAGCCGGGAGCUGAGGAGGAGCCCGGCCUGGCCUACCCACAGCCACAGCCACAGUCACAGGCGCCACCUCCGCCCAGUCCUUCUCCGGAGCAAAUGACAAGUUCAGGGGGGGCGCCGCCGGCUUCGCGGCCGGCCCACCUGCAUCUACCCGAGGUGAGCGUGGACCCAGCAGAAGAGAACGAUGCCGACGACGAAGGCGAGAUCUGGUACAACCCCAUUCCCGAGGAUGACGAGCUGCAGGUGUCCAACAGAGCCUCCGUCCGACUGCUCGACAGCAACGGGAGGACCUUGGAGAGCGGCGGGCCGGACUCACUUGGGGAAGGAAAUGCUGGCCGUUGGACAGACAGACAGAAAGCUCAGGAGGAGGGAGGGCCCUGCACCAGCAAAUCGGUUGAUGUUCCCGACUUUCCCAAUAGUGGUGGAUUCUCCCCUCCUUCCAGCCCAAACCCUACUAAGAAGAGCAGCUCCAUCAACUGGUCAUUCCCAGACAAGAUCAAAUCCCCCCGCACCGUCAGGAAACUUUCCAUGAAGAUGAAGAAGCUUCCAGAACUCAGCCGGAAACUCAGCGUCAAGGGUCAAAGCAGCGGGAAUGGAGGUGCUCCUUCAGAGCCCAGGUCCCAAUCACUUCGCGCUCCAGCUGUGGAGAUUGAAGCCACUUGCCCUCAGCGAUCGGCUCUAUCUGGCGCCGGGCUCGCCAGCCGAAACGUGAUCUCACGCUACCACUUGGACAGCAGCGUGUCCACGCAGCACAGCUUCGGUAAGAAGAAAAACAACGGCGGCGGCGGCGGCGGCUCCAAAUCUGCCAGUAAAGGUGGAUAUUUAAGCGACGGCGAUUCACCGGAGCUGGUGGCCAAAUCCGGGAAGCGCACCUCCGUCGAGGGCAAGGAAUGCCGAUAUAAUCACGUGGAAGGAGCCAGCGCGAGCUCCAAAGCAAACGGUACCGAUUUGGACAUCGAUGCUUUCCGCCAUUAUAGCUUCACAGAGCAGCCCAAAUGUAGCCAGUACAUCUCCGGACUGAUGAGCCUGCACUUUUACGGCGCCGAGGACCUCAAACCGCCUCGCGUGGACUCUCGCGAUGUCUACUGCGCCAUUCAAGUGGACUCGGUCAAUAAAGCACGGACGGCGCUCCUUACCUGUCGAACUACCUUCUUGGGAAUGGACCACACCUUCAACAUCGAGCUGGAGAACGCCCAGCAUUUGAAGCUGGUGGUGUUCAGCUGGGAGCCCACUCCCAGGCGAAACCGUGUCUGCUGCCACGGCACGGUGGUCCUACCCGCGCUCUUCAGGGUAAUACGCUCCCACCAGCUGGCGGUCAAGCUGGAACCCCGCGGGCUGAUAUAUGUCAAGUUGAACCUGAUGGAGCACUGGCAGAAUUCCUUGGACGGCGGAGGCGCAGAUGGCGGCAGGGAGCGCCAAGUCUUUGGUGUGGAGGCGUGGCGGGUGGUGGAGAGGGAAGACACCGGACUCCUGGUGCCGCUGCUGAUUAGCAAAUGCAUCAAUGAGAUUGAGAAGCGGGGUUGCCAGGUGGUGGGGCUGUACCGUCUUUGCGGCUCUGCAGCUGUAAAGAAGGAGCUACGAGAGGCCUUUGAGAGAGACAGUUAUGCCGUGGGACUGUGUGAAAACACCUAUCCUGACAUCAACGUUAUCACAGGCGUAUUAAAAGACUACCUACGAGAGCUGCCCUACCCUCUCAUCACCAAGCAGCUGUACGAGGCAGUAUUGGACUCCAUGGCCACCAGACCUCUGAGGAUGGGAGCAGCCGGUUGCGAGAACGACCACGCCGACUCCGAACACACCGUGGGCCUGUUGGACAUCCUUCCGGAAGUGGAGAGGAUGACGUUGCGGAAACUUCUUGACCAUCUGAAGUUGGUGGCGUCCUACCAGGAAGUGAACAAGAUGACAUGCCAGAACCUGGCCGUGUGUUUUGGCCCCGUGUUGCUCAGCCAACGUCAGGAGGCAUCUUGUCACACCAACCGCGUCUUCAUCGACUCCGAGGAACUCGCCAGUGCGCUGCACUUCAAGAAGCACAUUGAAGUCUUGCACUACUUGCUGCAGCUCUGGCCAGUGGUGGACCUUCCAAAUCAGCCCUCCUCCGCUGAAGGCCUGGACUCGCUGACAACGGUCCCUCCCCUGCGGCGGAGAAAAGAGCGGCCGCAGGUGUUGAACCUCACCGAAGCGGGGAUGGCGGGGGUUCUGCGGCCCAAAGCGGGACGCCUGGACAGCCCGAGCAACCGCUACGCCGGCGACUGGAGCGGCUGCGGCGACAGCUACUUCCCCGCCGAGACGCUUCUGCUCCCGCACGGCAAAGAAGAGGCCGAUUACGACGACGUGCCCUCGGAGGACACGGACGGAGACGAGGGGCUUGAAAAGCCUGACGAUGCGGACGCCGCCGUGCGGGACGAGCACUUGCAGACUCUGAGUGAGGAGGAGGAUGUGGUGGCAGAGGAGGAGGAGGAGGGGGAGGAGGAACAGCCAGACAAGAUUGAUGAAGACGAGACAAAGCAGGAUAAGAACGAGCCGUCGGAGGAGAAGGAAAGCGCGUGUGAGCACAUCUUGCCUCGGCGCCUGCACAAGGAGCACGCGUACCAGGCUUACAUGAAGAUCCAGGACAUCAGCCCCGUGCUGAGCAACAGGGUGAACCUGAGAGACCUUCAGGAGAGCAUAGACACUCUCAUAGGGAACCUAGAAAGAGAACUCAAUAAGAACAAGAUCAACGUGGGGUACUAACCAUUUGAGCUUUCCAAACAGGGACAACGUCGCAUUUCUUUCCCAUAGACAUUCAUUCAUUCAUUCCUUGCUGUUUUUUUGGCUUUGUCCUUGGUCUGGAUGUUGUUCUUUGGGCUCCAGUUUGGCGUUCCACGUCAUUGCUUUUCUUCUUAUGAGAAGAACCCAUUGACCCCUCCGGGGUUUCAAAGGUGCCUUAAUUGUGUGAAGGUGGUGGUACACCACAUGCAAAAUCCACACGCAGCAUCCUCUCCACGCUAGGAAGACUUGGAUGCUUUUCCACUACGUUGGAAAUAAUAAGCUCGGUAUGGUCACGUCUGACUGGCUCAAUCUCCAAAGUGGUAUUGUGUACGCAGUUGCUGACAGGACUAAACGCACACAUCCAGUUCAUUAUUCAUGGAUUUGUUUCAAAGUAAAACCUCCCACAGAUAUUUUCUCCUGGCAUGCUUCUGUCUGGAGCAACAUUUACAAUGGAGAGCUUCCACAUCUAGGAAAGAAUGGGAGAAACAUUAGAACUUGCAUGAAAUAUUUCUUUCCAACCAAAACAGGCAAUUAGAUGAUUGAAAAUGUGCUGAACAAACAAGGAGCUAGAAGAGAAAAGCCUCCAUCCUCCCUCAUUUUACCCAUUGGAGACAUGUGCUCAAGGCCACUAUUAGUGGGCUGCCCAGACCUUUUUGUGUGUGUCCUUGCGUUUCAUGGAAGAAAAAUACAAUUCCAAAUGUUACAAAUGAUAUCUGGAGCACAAAAUGCUCAUGUUACCAGCUUACCAUGAUGCAGGGCCAUCCAUCAGUUCUAUUCAUUGCACUUUCCUGAAUGAAGCAUAUCUCAAACAUCAGUCAAUCAAAUGGAAACAUUGCAAUGUCAGGAAUGAUUUGAGCCAGGGCGACCAAAUGCAGCUUGAACCGGGAUUUAUUGAAGGGAAAGGGAGUUGGGAGGGAGGGAGGGAGGGCGGUCGCUGGGUGGCUUGGGAGUCCCAAGACACAGACGGGAGAGAGACUCACGGCCAGCAAACAGACAGACCGACCGACCGACCGACCGACAGAAGUCCACUCGGACAAGGCUAAAAUUCUGACCGUGAACCGAGGGAAAACCAGACAACAAGAACAGGAACACCAGGUGCAAACAGGAACUGACAACAACAGUAGACACCGACAAAGAAGAACGCAAGGGCGGGCAGGGUUUAAAUACACAAGGUACCAAGAGGGAGCAGGUGACAGACAUUACGGUGACGAAGGGGUGCGGCUGAGGGAAGUCGCCGGCCGGCCCAGCGCGCUCUGGCACGGGCCUGACAUGCAAGGCAGUUUCCAUUCCUUUUGAUUUGCCCACCAUUCCCCCAAAACUGCAGUGGUUUGUACAGAAUGUAUGAGAGCUCCUCACUAAGCAAGAUGACACGAGUGUUAUGUUCUCAUGGCGACACUGUGAUUGAAAUCAUUCCAAUUUGUAUGAGGCCAAUGCACUUACAAAGCAGUCGAUGCUUUUAUUUGUCAUUGUGGUUCAUUCAAUUCGAGUAGUCUCUGUGUGCACUAAAUAGAGAGCAUCAUCUCUUUUGGUUGAAUAGAAACACACACGCUAUGACUGCAGUCAUUCAUACCUACAUAGCAUUGAUAUAGUAUUUCAUCUCAUGCAAAUGACAGUAAGUAGUGUUCACAAUGGCAGCUUUUCCAUACCAUGAUUUUUUGGGGAAACAUUGCUUAGUAUAGAGCCGCUAAAAACAAAUAAGCAGUGUGGCUAAAAUUGCAAUUCAAAGCUACAGUUUGAUCAGCAAAGCGUAUAUGAAUGCAUUUGUCGGAUGAGAUACGACUGGUAAGUUCAGUGUCAUCACCUUGGAAGUCUUAUGCCAUCCAGGCCCAUGAAGCAUUUUGGAAAUGAAUCAAAUCCCCAUUGAUUGCUUAUUUAUUGAGUCCAAUUCACCACAACUGAUGUCGAUAGAAUUCCUUGCUAACAGUUGUGUGAGCAGCAUCCAAGUCUCUAUAGCAAGAAGUGAUUGUGAGCAGCAUGUGGAGAUAUAAUAUAUGAAUGUCAAACUAUUGUUUAUCAGUCGCGCUUGGUCUUCUCUCAGCUCUCUAGCUAAAUGUGAAACAACAACUCAGCUGCCAAAGUAGACAAUGGACUUUUUUUAGUCCUCCAGUCAUGAAUUGAAAACAUAGUCAUCAGUAUUUGACCUAUAAAUCGAUAUGUAUAGAGUCGUAUAAGCGUAUUUGGAGUACAUUUUUGUGUGUGUAUUUAUAUGCUUCUGACCUCAUAGUGUUGUCGACUUUUACAAAUAUGUAGUCGUUGCUUUUCUCCCCUGUACGUACACAUCUUCAUGUGCUGGACUAAUGGUACAAGUGGAGCUGUACAAUGUAUGAUAAAGCUGUCUUGUGUAUAUAGUUGUAUGAGAUUGUCUUUGGUGGACUGAGCUGUGUUCAGCAUUGGAGGUGUUGGGAUCUUUUUUAAGGUACUGAACGGUCGGUCGCAUGGUCAAAAGCUUUAUUGACAUGAAAUGAGGCCAUUUCUAAUCUGCCGCGUAUUUAUGUGUCAAAAGAGCAUUUUGUGAAGAGAAAAUGAAAGAGAAUAUUACUUUGCAUUGAUCCUGAGUCAUGUACGAUCAUAAUAAAGUAUAUCAUUUGA